GUGGAUUUUCUUUUUUUUUCUUUUUUUUCUUUUUUUUUCGGGAUUGGAGUGUAGAGUUGAGGAUUUCUAAUGCUAAUACACAGCGCUGAAAGCUGAUUUGCAUUAUUUCACAAUCUAAAGCUUGGAGAUGUAAAGUUAGUUUGCAAAGUACCUUCCCUACAGGGCGUUCUGGGAUGUAAAUUUGUGGGUUCAGUGUAGAACUGGUUUUUUCCCUGUCUGAGUUCUAACAUCAUUCAACUAGUUACCUCCUUCUUGGUGCCUUUAAUGAAGCUGAAAAAUGGCAAAAAGCACACAUUCCCGUGGUUUGGCAUGGAUAUCGGUGGAACACUGGUUAAGCUGGUUUACUUUGAGCCGAAGGAUAUUACCGCCGAGGAGGAACAAGAGGAAGUGGAGAACCUGAAGAGCAUCAGGAAGUACUUGACCUCGAACACGGCCUAUGGGAAAACCGGGAUCCGGGACGUGCACCUGGAGCUGAAGAACCUGACGGUGUGCGGGCGCAAGGGCAACCUGCACUUCAUCCGCUUCCCCACCUGCGCCAUGCACCUGUUCAUCCAGAUGGGCAGCGACAAGAACUUCUCCAGCCUUCACACCACGCUCUGCGCCACCGGCGGCGGCGCCUUCAAGUUCGAGGAGGACUUCCGAAUGAUCGCAGAUCUGCAGCUCCAUAAACUGGAUGAACUGGAUUGUCUGAUUCAGGGCCUGCUCUACGUUGACUCUGUUGGUUUCAACGGCAAGCCGGAGUGUUACUAUUUUGAAAAUCCCACAAAUCCUGAAUUGUGUCAAAAAAAGCCAUACUGCCUUGAUAACCCAUACCCAAUGCUGCUUGUGAACAUGGGCUCAGGUGUCAGCAUCCUAGCUGUGUACUCCAAGGACAACUAUAAAAGAGUUACAGGGACCAGUCUUGGAGGUGGAACAUUCCUAGGCCUAUGUUGCUUGCUGACUGGUUGUGAGACCUUUGAAGAAGCUCUGGAAAUGGCAGCUAAAGGCGACAGCACCAAUGUUGAUAAGCUGGUGAAGGACAUUUACGGAGGAGACUAUGAACGAUUUGGCCUUCAAGGAUCUGCCGUAGCAUCAAGCUUUGGCAACAUGAUGAGUAAGGAAAAGCGAGAGUCCAUCAGCAAAGAAGACCUUGCCCGAGCCACACUGGUCACCAUCACCAACAACAUUGGUUCCAUUGCGCGGAUGUGUGCGUUGAAUGAGAAUAUCGACAGAGUUGUGUUUGUUGGGAAUUUUCUCAGAAUCAAUAUGGUUUCCAUGAAGCUGCUAGCAUAUGCCAUGGAUUUUUGGUCCAAAGGACAGUUAAAAGCUCUGUUUUUGGAACAUGAGGGUUACUUUGGAGCUGUAGGGGCACUGUUGGAACUGUUCAAAAUGACUGAUGACCCGUAGAUGGAACUGCCUUCUGUGAGAAUAGAGCCUGGGAACCGCAGCUGGAGAAGGUGAAUCCGCCGUGGGAGGGAAGCCAAGCCAUUCAUGGCACAUGCACCUGCUGGAUUUGUAAAUAAUUCAAAAUCCUUCUAUCUGAUCUUCUACUCUUGGGUUUUGAGCUUAUGAUUCAAAAUGGGGAAUACGUGAGUUUUUUUCUGUAUACUGUAUUUUUAAGAAAAAAGUUUUGUGCAGCACAGCCAAACCCACCAAUUUUAAGCAUUAACUUUGAAAAGUUGUACGAUGUUUAAGAAGGACCUGAAAUGUAAGUGCUGUUUAUACUUCUUCUGGGGUUUACUGAUCAGUGUGGUAAUUUUAAAUUUGUUUAGUAAUUACUCUAGGAGAUUUUACCUUUACUUAUAUUUUUCAUGACGUUUCAUGAUUUGCUGUUGGUUUCAAAUGAAACUACAAAUCUGGCUUGUUUUACUGUGAACACUGUUUUGUUUGUUUACCUUUUAUUGUCUUGUUUUCUCUGUUUGAAGGUCUUAUGAAAAGGAGCCUUUGCCCCUGUUUCUGUCCUCGGGUGACUCCCCCUCCCCACCAUACCUUCCUUUACUAUAUUUCUUCCUAUUAAUCAAGGUGCUGUCUAACUCAACACAAAGUUAAACGUGAGACCUAAAGCUCUCAAAAGUGCCCUCGAAGGGGAAACUGAGAGUGUUCAUGAAUUUAAGGAGUCUGGCCACAGUUGAAAAUUAUAUGCAAUUUUGUCAUAUCCCUUAUGAAUAUACAGUAUCUUGUUGGAUUUAUUUUCUGUUAGUUAUAUUAAAUUGAAAUAUUCUAUUAUGAAAUGUCCACAAAGUACGAGUGGCAGCAAAUCCUUGUGCAGGACACUGAAAUUUCUAGGGCAUAGUGUCCUGGUAGAUGAAUUGUUCACAUUGGGAGGGUUAGGAGACGCGGGGGAUUGAGGUGUCAGGUGGUGAUAUCCUUUUGUUUUGUACAUGUAUGUACCUAGGAGCUUUGUAACAAAUCAUCUUAAGUAACAAUAAAGUUUCUUCAUUUGAAAUAUUUUAAACUAAAAACCGUAUUUCAAUCUCAGUUUCUAAAAUUUAACAAAAUUAUGAUACUAAUCUAUAUAUAUUUUUUCUUUUUAAAAGACAUCAUUGGGACUGAAGGUUAACUUUCACAUGUGAAUCUUAGAUGAACACUGAAAUCCAUGAGACCUAACGAGUUAGAACUAAUUAACUUUCUGAACUGAGCAUUUUGUCGAAAGGGAUUUUGCAAGGGCUGUACAUUGCUCUGUGAUGAAUCUUUCCUUCUCUGUCUUCUGAGCACCACCUUUAAUUUCCAUAUUGUCAAGUCUUGAAGUUGAUGUUAAUUGAAGUAUUUGCUUGUCUGUUUGAAAUAAAGCCUGUUUCUGUUGUGAUUUUUUUUUUUUUUUUAAG